AUGACAUACGAAGAGUUACAUCAGCGGAUGCUGAUAUGUCUGCAGCAAUCCAGUCUAUUUCCAACCAUAUAUGUACGUGGAUUCAAGAUGUACCUGGCGUUGAUUGAGGCUCUGAUCGAACAUCGACAGCUUGAGACGCACAUGUUCCAUUUCCUUAGUGGUGAAGCGACGAUUACUUUGGAAGACGUCAUUUAUCAAUUCAGUGUUCCUCUGAAUGGAACCCCCAUGGUGAGGCAGAAUAUUUAUGACCCCGCGACGUUGGACUACCAAGUUUUGAGAAAGAUGUCACCAUCCGACAAUAUAGAGGGCUAUCGGAGGACCAGGUUAUUUUUGCGUCCCGAGCAUAUUCUCCAACUGAUCGGAGGGGUAUUAUUAUCGGAUAAAUAUGGUAAUUUGGCAUACACUCAAUAUCUACAAUUUUUGGAAGACUUUGUUGUGUGCCGUAAUAACAAUUGGGGCUCGAUGGUUUUAGCCUUUUUGUAUCGGAAGCUUUGCAAUGUUGCAAUUGUCCAAUCAUGUCGAAAAGUCGAUGUAGCAGGUUGUCUAAUACUGCUACAGUCCAGGGCUUGGUACCGAUUCCCAUUUUUGACGGCAAUUGCACCAACCCCGGUCGAGUUUCCUCUAGCUGCAACGUAA